CUUUGUAGGUCAUCUUCUUGUCGGAAAUCGAUUCCAGGAUGCAAUUCUUCAGUCUGGCGUGGAUCACGGUAGUUUUCUUCCUCGGUCUUGCCAGCUGUGCGCGAACACAGAACGCUCGAUUCUGGAACGACCAAGCCCAGGAUACGUUGCAGAAAGCGCUGAGCAGGGAGGCCAGCCUGAACCGCAACGUGGCCAAGAACAUCGUGUUCUUCGUGGGGGACGGCAUGGGUGUCUCCACCGUGACGGGGGCCCGAAUAUUCAAGGGGCAGCAGGCCGGCAUGACCGGGGAGGAGGCGAUCUUGGCGUGGGAGAAGUUCUCCAGUGUCGCUCUCGUAAAAACUUAUAACACCAACCAGCAGGUUGCUGACUCGGCCGGCACGGCCACGGCUUUCUUUUGCGGCAUCAAGACAAAACAGGGGUCCAUCGGCAUUGACGACUCGGCCGAAAGAGGCGACUGCCAUACCAGCUUGAACGCUGCUGUGGACUCUGUCAUGAUUGAUGCUGAAAAAGAAGGUAAGGCAACGGGGUUCGUCACGACUACCCGUGUGACUCACGCCACACCGGCCUGCUUGUACGCGCACUCGCCAGACCGGGACUGGGAGAAUAACGCAGAUAUUCCGAAGAAGGAGGCUGCACUUGGAUGCACCGAUAUCGCUCACCAACUAGUCACACUGGGGAUGAACACCAAGGUCGUUAUGGGCGGGGGUCGGCGUGAGAUGAUACCAAACAACUUCAGCGACCACGAGUAUCCAGUCUUGACAGGCAAACGGACGGACGGACGCAACCUGAUAGAUGAAUGGUUGGCCGGUAAAGACGCCCAAACGAGUCACUUCGUGUGGAACCUUGAGCAGUUUAAUAAUGUAGAUCCGGAAAAUACCGAGUAUCUUCUGGGCCUGUUCGAGACCAGUCACAUGCAGUACGAAGCCGAGCGAACCGACGAACCGUCUAUCGCUGAGAUGACCGAGAAGGCCAUCCGAAUCCUGCAGAAAGACAAAGACGGUUUCUUCCUGAUGGUGGAAGGAGGCCGCAUAGACCACGCCCACCAUCAAGGAUUCGCAGGGAAUGCCUUCAAUGAUACAGUGGCCUUCGAGGCUGCUGUUGCCAAGGCAGUGGAAUUGACCAAUGAGGAAAACACGCUGGUGAUUGUCACAGCUGAUCACAGUCAUGUGAUGACCAUAGGCGGCUACCCGAGCCGGGGUAACCCUAUCUUAGGUUUGUCCAAUGUUGAGGUCGGUGAUGACGGUCUGCCUUUUACCACAAUCACUUACGGCAAUGGACCAGGAGGCGUUGCCGAGCAAAUCAGUUACAACACCGCGGGCAAAAGGCGAAACCUCACCGAGGAAGACACGGGCUCUCCAAGAUUCGUUCAACCGGCUAUCGUCCCCCUGGGCAUUGAGACCCACGGCGGGGAAGACGUGGCUAUCUACGCCAACGGGCCCAUGUCGCACCUCUUCCACGGUCUCCACGAGCAGAACUACAUCGCGCACGUGGUGCGCUACGCCGCCUGUCUUGGGGACAAGAAACACUGCGAGGAAUACGUGAAUCCGUGUGGUGAUGUGAAGGGCGGGGCCAGUGCAAUACUUACCGGAGGCUUAACAACAGUUGUGAUAUUCGUCAGUAUUUGGUCUGCCCUUGUUUUGCAUGAACAGCUAGCAGGCGUUUGA